AUGGCAGUAGUCCGAGUACGCCUCUGUCACGGCAGCCUAACCAAGAUGUCCUCAUUAGCAAUUCGAGUCGCAGCCGCGACUAGCUCGGUUUUACUCACUUCGUGGCCCGAGGGCUCCUGUCGACUCAUAUCAAGAUUAUAUCUAGAUACUGCAACUUUAAUAUGGAAUGGAAAUGGUAUCGAAGGAAAAGAUAACAUACAAAAAUUUUGGACAGAUUUGCCACCUUCAGAUCAUUCUAUUUUUACUUUAGAUGCUCAACCAAUAACAGGUCCUGAGAUGGCAGAUCAAUUAACAUUCCUUGUAAAAGUUGGAGGACAAGUGAAGUAUGAUGACAAGAUAUCGAAAUCAUUUAGCCAAUGUUUUCUAAUUACAGCUAUGGGAGAUAAGUGGAAAAUUGUAAGCGAUUGUUUUCGUGUGCAAGAGAUAUUAGAGAAUGUAAAUUGAAAUAUAAAAUGAGACAAUUUGUGUUCUUAAAAUGUUCAGAGUCCUUGAUUCAAUAUUUCUUUUUAUUUCUAUCGUCGGUCUUAUAUCAAUGUAUAAAGCGAUAUUAAAAUUUUCGUAUUAGUGAAUCAGUACGUUGGUCGAUCAUUUAGGAAUAACUUUACACGAGAAAAAACUAAAAAUAAAUAUAGAUAUAAAUACUUAGACAUAAACAUUACUAUGAUACAUAUUGUAUAAAACAUCGAUUUCAUAUUCUUUGACAGCUCAUCAACUUAAAUAUCCAAUGAUUGAUAAGAUUUUGAGAAGUUCUAAAUGUACAAUUUUUUAAAUGAAAUACAUAUCAAUAUAGUUCGUAAUACUUCUUAAAGUCUAUAAAUAUUGCCUAUAAUUACUUAAAUUUUGAAAGAAUCAUACAUGACAUUUUGUAUUUAUAUUAACUGUGUUUUAUUUUUCAUCAGUUAAUAUAAACGAGAUUAAACGUAAUAAAACAAAAUUUCACAGUUAAAUAUAACAUGCAAUGAGAUUAUAAUACAAUUAUCUAUAGCGUCUGUAAUCUGUCAUUCCCAUAACAAGAAUAAAAAAUUGUUUUAAAAUUAUUAAAUAUAAUUAGGCUAAAAGAUCACUUAAAAUGUUAAAAUAUAUAUGAAACUUGAAUUACAAUGUUACGUAUGAUCCUUUGAAAAUAAUUAUGUAUUUACAGAUAACAUUUUAUUGAAUACUUUGCUUAAUAAACUAAGAAUUGAUUUAAAUUCCAGUUAAAAAUCUGUACGCCUAGGACUUCUCAAAAGAAUUCGUUCGUUCGAUCGCUCGUCUUUCCCUCCCACCCUCUCUCCCUCUCUUUCUCGCUUUUUUUUAAAUUUGAAGAUAAAAGAUAAGUCGAUCGGUGUAUCACAGGUACAAAUGAUGCAAAAAAAAGAGAAAAAAAAAAAGAAGAAAAAGAAAAUACAGAGAAAUGAUUGGGUGAUCAGACCGAAAAGAGAGAAAUUCCGGUUCGCAUAAUUAGCGUUGUCGAUCGAUGUGUUUCUAGUAGCCAUAUGUAGGCAGUGUUAUAAGGAAAAAGUCUUGAUUGGCAAAUCGAGUGGCAUUUUCAUUCUCGUUGCUUAUUUCUUAUUUUUAAAUGAUCAAAUAAAAAAUAUGAUUUCAGACUCCGGAAACUCUUAUUGGAAGACCAGCAAAUGAACAAUUUUACUAA